GUUGGCGGAUGACACGAAAACACCGACAGUCAUCACGCGUAUAAAAGUACGACGAAUCUUACCCUGAGGCAUCAGUCUCCUGGCGAUCCUCUUGCAAACAAACAUGGCUGGAAAGCUCAUCGUACUCUUAAGCGUGGCGGUUCUCUCCAAGGGAGCGGUGAUCCCAGCGGUCCCAGCGGUGCCGGCACCCUUAGUAGCAGCUAAGCUCGAGGAACUAGACGCAGCGCCUCAAUAUAGUUUCGCGUACGACGUUCAAGAUGCGGUGACCGGGGAUUCCAAGGCCCAAUACGAAACCAGAAACGGCGACCUGGUGCAGGGUAGCUACAGUUUGAUCGAGGCAGACGGUACUCGACGCAUCGUCGAGUAUACGGCGGAUCCGAUAAACGGUUUUAACGCGGUGGUCAGCCGGGAACCAGCGACGGCUGUGGCCGCCAUUGCCGCUCCACUGGUGCCGUAUGCGCCUUCCAUCGCACCUUCCGCGGCAGUUGCACCUGUUUUGCCCGCAGCACCUGCACCAGCGCCAGCGAUUCCAUCCAGCGGUCCGGAUUCCGAUGUCGAGGUCGUCGAGGCUAGGUCCGGUCCCUUAGUCACAGCCGGUGCAACCUCUCGCGAUGAACAGCUUCGACAACAACAGGAACAGCAGCUGCAGCAGCUGAAAGAACUCGAAAGACAGCAACAGCAACAGCAACAGCAACAGUUGCAACAGUUGCAACAGCUUCAACAGCAAUCCAGACUGCAACUGCAACAGCAGAUCCAACAACGUCAACAGCAAAGGAUACAGAAGGAACAGGGAAGCGAGCAAGAACAGGAACAGCAACAGCAACAUUCACAGCAAAGACAGCAACCCCAACAACAACAGUCACAAGGAGCACCCGUGAAAGCUCUUGCUACACCAGUACAGUUGGCAGCUCAAGCUCCUCAACCUGGUAGAUUAGUCAGCCUGCCUGCGGCCAGAACUGUUACCAGCUACGCGACUUAUCCUAAUGCUUACGCAUAUACAGCUGCCUACUCGUCGCCAUUAGCUUAUGCCGCUCCUAUCGGUGGUCUCACCUAUGCUCCCGCCACUGCGCUCCUGUAAAGAUUUUUCCUUUUUAAUAUUGUUUUGUUAUUAAAUCCCGCCUGAUUGAACAAAUCAACGAGUUAAAAUAAAUGCGUGUUUACAACGAAUUAAACGAAA